AUCGAAAAAGUCAGUGGUGAGAUAUUUUAUAUUGAAAUCAUGAUUCAACCGUUUCAUACCACAUAUCGGUUUCGCUUCCAUAAGAAAGUUUUUUCUAGUCCAACGGUACGAAUUUUUUAAUCCUUCAUAAAUUCAACUAACAUGUUAACCAUUACGCUACAGUAGGAUUGGGGGAGUGGAACGAACUUUCUAUGAUAUGAUUUUCUGGUUGAUUUGUUAUGAAACUAGGAUUAUGGGAUUGGGUGGUGUGAUUUUGGACAAAACUUUCUGUAAUAUGGGUUUCUAGUUGAUUGGCUGUAAAAUUAGGGUUUUUGGAUUGGGAUUCUCAAAUUGGAGUCCUGGAAUUGGCGAGAACGAAGAUGGAUCGCAUCAGAGGAUGAAAACAAAACGAAGAAGAAGAAGAAGAUACGAAUAAGAGGGAAAACUUGUAUUUUUGUUCCAAUCAAACCAAACAUGUAAAAUGUAUAGUUAUCUUUUUUUGCUAAAAAAAAAAUGUAUAGUUAUCUAAAGUUAGAGAUUUGGAUCUCCCGGCCAAAUGACCCCAUAGUUAGAAUCGGAGUCUCUUAAAGCUAAGUCAAAGGAGUUGCGAGAGCCGUUAACCUCACCGAUUUUGCAUAGAGUCAGUCUCUUCAAUUUAAAUGUUUUAGUUAAACUUUUAAAUACCCCAUAAUUGUGAUGUUGAAUAGGGAGAAUAAUGAGGAAUCAAUGUGUUAAUAAGACGUUUUCGGUCAUGUCCCCAUUCAAAACCCAGCAAUGAUAGCUGCUGCAAUAAACAAACCACGUCUAUUCCUCUACCUAGCUAGCAUCUUCUUCAUCAUCCUCCAUCUCCUAGCUUUACUGUAACCUCUAAAUUCCUUUUCACCUGUGAUUCUCGAGCUGACAGCACUCAAAAGUAAAAAAAUGGCUAAUGACAGCAAGAAGCCAGAGCAGUUACAGCCACACCCAGUGAAGGAACAACUACCUGGAGUCCAGUACUGCAUCAACAGCCCUCCUCCAUGGCCUGAAGCAAUCGUGCUUGCAUUCCAGCACUAUCUUCUCACCGUGGGCAUCACUGUCCUGAUACCCACCAUGAUUGUCCCUCAAAUGGGCGGCGGAAAUUUUGAGAAGGUGAGAGUGAUACAGACAUUGCUUUUCAUAUCAGGAGUGACAACUCUCUUGGAGACACUAUUCGGUACCCGGCUUCCAUCCAUUGCAUCUGCUUCCUUUGCCUAUGUCAUACCAAUCACCUCCAUCGUCACUGCCGAUCGAUUCCAGUCCAUUUCAACCCCUCAUGAGAGGUUUCUGCAUACAAUGAGAGCAAUCCAGGGUUCUCUCAUCAUCACUGGCUGCUUCCAAGUAGUCAUGGGGUUCUUGGGUAUUUGGAGAAACACUACCAGAUUUCUUAGCCCACUUUCAAUUGCUCCAUGUGUAACUUUUGCUGGGCUUGGACUCUAUUAUCUUGGUUUCCCUGUUUUGGCAAGAUGUGUGGAGAUUGGGCUUCCACAAGUCAUCAUAAUGGUGUUCAUCACUCAGUAUCUUCCACACUAUGUGAAGUUUAAGAGGCCACUUUGUGUUCGAUUCGGGCUGCUAAUCUUGGUCCCUAUAGUAUGGCUGUUUGCUAAGCUCUUGACAUCAAGUGGAGUCUAUGACCACAAAUCUGUUGUCACCCAGUUGAGUUGUCGCACUGAUCGAUCUGGACUUGUCUCUGCAGCUCCUUGGGUCUUCAUUCCUUCACCAUUUCAAUGGGGAAGCCCUACAUUUAAGGCCGGAGAAGCUUUUGCAAUGAUGGCUGCUUCCUUUGUUUCUCUGUUUGAGUCAACUGGUACAUUUUAUGCAACAGCUAGAUAUGGUAGUGCCACACCGGUCCCUCCUUCAGUUGUCAGCCGUGGCACUGGAUGGCUGGGAUUUGGAGUCCUACUGAAUGGAGUAUUUGGCAAUGUGACUGGCUUUACAGCAUCAGUGGAAAAUGCAGGGUUGUUGGCUCUUACUAAAGUUGGGAGCAGAAGGGUAAUCCAGAUAUCAGCAGGAUUCAUGAUUUUCUUCUCUGUAUUUGGCAAAUUUGGAGCCUUUUUUGCAUCAAUACCAAUGCCAAUCAUGGCAGGCACAUACUGCAUCCUCUUCUGCUAUGUCUCAUCAGCAGGGCUUGGCUUCCUCCAAUUCUGCAACCUCAACAGUUUCAGAACAAAAUUUAUCCUGGGCUUCUCCUUCUUCAUGGGCAUCUCCAUUCCACAAUACUUCAGAGAGUACUUUCAACUCACUUCUCAUCCUCACUCUGGUUCCAGAUGGUUCCAUGAUAUAGUGGUGAUCAUCUUCAUCUCUCACACAACAGUAGCUGCCUUGAUCGCCUUGUUCUUGGACUGCACUCUCAGCGGCGAGACCACCGACGAGGAGACGAGGAAAGACAGUGGGAUGAAAUGGUGGGACAAGUUCAUUCAGUGCAGCUCAGAUAUAAGGAGUGACGAGUUCUAUUCCUUGCCCUGCUGCCUUAACAAGUUCUUCCCAGCUCAUUAGAAGAAUUGAACUAGCUAAACAGACUCACAGACAUUGAUUUGUUCUUUCCUCGUUAAAAAUUUACAUUAUUUUGUAUCCCACACAAAAUUUCUUAUGAUAUUGAGUUUAGAUAAAGAACGUAAAUUUGUUUGAACCCAAGCUUUAUAUUUCUCACUUAAAACAUGGAGGGGACAAUGUUGAACGAGGAGAUAUAAAACAUAGUUUAAAAUUAAUUUUUUUCUUUUUAGUCAAACUAAAUAUGAAAAUCGAUAACUUGUGGAAAUAUUAAUAUUUUAAAUUAAAAUAUGUCAAUCGGGUAGAUAUAUGAACGUUAGUUAAUAAUCUUGACCAUCCAGCAUAACAAUCAGCUACUGAUUUGACAAAUUAAGUAAAAUUUAGAGUUAUUU